GCACAAGCUGGGAAUACCGGCCGCAAUGAGCAUGUUCAACUCUUCAUAAUAACAUACUGCAACCAGAUUCCGCAGCUUCUGAAAGCAAGACUCCCUCCGUCACAUUCUGUCGUUUGUCGACAAACAUGACAGCGACGAACGCAGCGUAUUCGGAACAUUGAAUUCCUCUAAAGCAUUCUUCUUGCGGGAAGAGCAUCUCUCACCACACACGACGCCAUUGAGAAGCCGUAAAGCUAUUUCCACGCGCUCGUGCCGGUGUGCACUCGAUUGCUCGUCACAAAAGGGGCACCUACCCUCUCUAGACCGCGGGGAGGAUCUUCAACGAGCCACCAAUCUCUGGACUCAAUUCGACUCGUAUAUCAAGAACUAGUAUAUCUCGCCACAGUCGCUGCACAAGCAUCGGUAUCAUGGCCUUAUCAAGCGAGCCCACCACUCCGGCCACAGCCCUCCGCGCCGCCGCAGACAUCGCCGAUGCGGCCGGAGCGUUCGCCGCGAACAAUACCGAUGAAGGACAAAGCCGGCUCGCUCUGCGCGACACCAUCAUCGGACUUGGAUGGCUGAGCUACUACAUCUUGGUCGUCCCGGCGAAAUUUCUGUAUAGCGCCACGCUCUGGACGCUGCGCCUGUUAUACAGCCCCAUCGGGUUUGCUUUAAAGCCAUUCCUCUACAUCGGACGGUUCGGCCUCGCGCUGGCGAUGAUUCCCGUGAGAAUCGUGGUGAUCUACGAGGAUUUCUUCAUCUACCUCACCGUCGCCGCAAUCCUAGGCCUCCUGGGCGGCCUGAUAAUCCGGCUCUUGUUCUCCUGGCUGCGGCACGCGCUGCGCCUCGACGACCAAGACUCGCUCUCCAGCAGUCCCGACCUCAAGCGGAGAGCGCAAAACGCAACACAAAAGAUCCCCUCCUCCUUCUCUACCAAAAGCGCCGUCAACGGCAGCGCCAACGACUCCGAACCCAACCGCACCAUAUCCGAAUACCGCCUCAGCCGCCGCAGCCGCCAGCAGGCCAGCCUCGCCGCGAGUACGGCGGGGACGAUCUCGCCUCUCCCCGCGAACGACGAGGCGUUGGCCGCCUGGUCGUCUUCGGGUGGAUACUUGAGUCCUACGGGGAGCGGUGGGAGCGGCGGUAGUGGAGGUUAUGGGAAAGGAGGAGGAGGGAGGAAGGGGAAGAAUGGGUUGAUUGCGCAGACAAUCUUAGAGGAGGGGGACGGGGAUGAUUCGGAUUUCUGA